GCAGGCGUUAGGAAAGCAGUAGAGGCGCAGCAGCAGCAGCAGCAGUCUCUUGAAUACCGACACACACACACACACACACACACAGCGAGAGGAGAAGAGUUUGCUCAGCUCCAGAGCUAGCCUAGAAACUUCACCCAGCGUUAAGGACCUUUAUUCUAAACCGCUACUCCACAUUAUCUUGGCAGGAAGUGAAGGUCCAGAGAGGUCGAAUGGCCUGGAAAUAGCGUUAUUCUGACGCCUACAACCUCUUGAGAGUAAACAAAAACAAAUCUGAGUGGUCAUGCGGGAGUCCGGACAGUUUGCGGAGCUCUUCUGACCUUCAUAAAUCACACGAACACAUAUCAGUCUUUUUUCUCUCUCUCUCGUCGUGUUUCAGGAGAACCAAUCUUUUUUUUUGUAAGUGAGACAUUUUGUAGGUCUUCAGGUUAGAAGCGGGACUUCGUUGGAGAAGUGCGGACUGAAUAGCGGACUCAGAGCCUCAUACACACAGCCUGUGGAGGAGCCUGUUGGAGUCUGGUCUUCUCUUCAUAACUGAUCUUUUUUCCCUAACAUUUUUUAAGCAGACGGUUUUUAAAUAUGGUGGGGGAAAUGGAGACAAAAGAGAAGCCCAAGCCGAGUCCCGACUAUCUCAUGCAGCUCAUGAAUGACAAGAAGCUGAUGAGCAGUCUGCCCAACUUUUGUGGGAUUUUCAACCAUCUAGAGAGGCUUCUGGACGAAGAGAUUGGCCGGGUACGGAAGGACAUGUACAAUGACACACUGAACAGUAGUACAGACAAAAGGACAUCGGAGCUCCCAGACGCCGUGGGGCCAAUUGCACAGCUCCAAGAGAAACUUUAUGUGCCUGUAAAAGAAUAUCCAGACUUCAACUUUGUGGGGAGAAUCCUCGGCCCACGUGGGCUCACUGCCAAACAGCUGGAGGCUGAGACAGGCUGCAAGAUAAUGGUGCGAGGCAAAGGCUCCAUGAGAGACAAGAAGAAGGAGGAGCAGAAUCGUGGAAAGCCCAACUGGGAGCAUCUGAACGAGGACCUGCAUGUGCUCAUCACAGUUGAAGACUCGCAGAAUCGUGCUGAGAUAAAACUCAAGAGAGCCGUGGAAGAAGUUAAGAAGCUGCUUGUCCCCGCAGCUGAAGGUGAAGACAACUUGAAAAAGAUGCAGCUGAUGGAGCUGGCAAUUCUCAACGGCACAUACCGAGAUGCCAAUAUCAAAUCACCAGCCUUGGCUUUCUCUUUGGCUGCCAGUGCCCAGGGUCCUCGCAUUAUUACCGGCCCCUCCCCAGUUAUGCCCAGUGCAGCCUUGCGUACUCCUGCGCCUUCUGCUCCCACGCUCAUGCCUCUCAUCCGACAGAUCCAGACCUCUGCCAUUAUGCCUGCUGGCACCCCUCACCCCACUGCCACCCUGAUGUCCCAGACCCCUGAGUCUGGCAUUAUCUACACCCCGUACGAGUAUCCCUAUACUUUGGCCCCUGCCACCUCUAUCCUUGAAUAUCCCAUUGACUCCAGUGGUUUAUUAGGUAUGGCAUUCCCCACAAAAGGCUAGUAGAGUUCACGGACAGUCUGCAUUCCUCAAAAGUGUUAACUUUUUGUAUAGCAGUUGCGGAACAGCACAACAAAAAACCCUAAUAGUUUAACUAAAAACAUAGACAAACCAAGAAAAAACUCAUUACUACUGAUGUUUACACUGGUCUUAACUUCCCAGAGUUUAUUCCAUUUUUUUAACUUUGGAUUAUUUUGGUUUAUAUGGUCUGCAUAAUCAACUUCAAUUAUAAUCAAUUAUACAUUUAAAUUAUGCAUACCUAGAAUAUUAAUGAUUGACAAAGUAGAUGUGUCUCUAUCACUGUGCUUAUGAAUAUUCUCUUGCAGUUUGAAACCAUGUCAGCUACAUUCCCUGUGCUUGCUUCAUAUCUGAAAGCUCUCAGAAUAUCAGUAUUAUAGCUGACUUUGUGUUAUAAACUGUAAAAAUAAUGAAGCACUUGCAAUGUGCCAAUGUAAAUCUAUCUAUAGGAUUCUGUGUGAAAUUAAUCCAUCUUAGUUUUUUUUAAGGGCUCUGUUAUCAUAGUUCAGCAAGUGAAGCAAUUAUAAACACAUAUCACCUACUAGAUAUUCACAUUGUUUUUCCAAAUGACAAUUUCUGCACCAUGAAAACAGAGCCCUUAAGCUUCUAAUGCAUUUAAUUUGUACUCAUUCUUGUGAUUGAUUGGGUCUUACUAGCUUGAUGUGGAUGUAUUUUGUUUAGUUAUUUCCUAGCGUUUUGUUGUUGAUGUGUUGAAAAUUAAUAAUUAUCUGAUGUUACUUUCUAUUUUAUUGGUAAUAUUACAUCCUAAGCAGGUGCAGUGACUACUAAAGUACGAAGGCAGGAUAUGCGCGUCCAUCCUUACCAAAGGGUAGUGACCGCAGAAAGAGGUUAGUUUAGCCCCAGUGUUCAAGCUAUAAUUUGUGUGUGUGUGUGUGUGUGUGUGUGUGUGUGUGUGUGUGUGUGUGUGUGUGUGUGCGUGUGCGCGUGUUCCUUACGGUUUCAAUCACAGUACAAUGUUCAUUACAUUUAUAGACAUAUUCAUCAUCCUCAAUUGUUCAACCAUUAUUAUCAUUCUUCACAUAAACUGAUAUAAUACAUAUCACAACAUAUGACAGUUUAUUGUAUUAGAGGGAGUGAGUGUUUGUAUGUUUGUGUGUUUAUGCAUGCUGGGGUUGUACUGAAGAGUGACAAAAAAGAGUAACAUUAUAUUUAGUUUAUCAUAUCUACAUAUAAAAUGUAUCUAAAAUGCAUAGCAGAAUCAGUGGUUAGCACUUAAGCCGACUCCGAUCUUAAAUACAUGGACUGUAUACAAAUUAGACCAAGAACCCGUUUACACCUUGUAUUGACGUGAUGUGUAUCUGAAUAUCAGUAUCUGAAUAGGAAAUGACAACAAAUAACAAAUGCACAUUACACUGUGAACAGAAUCUGUUUACUUUAUGCAGUGUGCUAUUAUACUGAGUGGGAGUGUGGAUGCGGUUAUCCACAUAGCAGCAGUAGAGGUAAUUUUUUUUUUAUUUAAACUUAUUGUCUUUGAAAAUUAGUGAGUUUUUUUAGUUAGUUCUCUGUGAUCUCAGCUUGACAUGUAAACACUGUAGAUUCUGAGAUACAUGAGCUGUCAAAAUCAAAAAAGCACGUUAAUACAUGGUGUAAAAGGGGUUCUAAUGAUGCUGUUAUGGAGGUUUUAUAAUGCUAAAUAUUAUUGGUAAUUCAAGGAUGGGUUCAUCGCACUGCAUGUUUUGAAGGUAUAUUCUCAUGCUAUUAGAGAAAGAGUUAUUUAGCUUGUUCACUAGAGCUCUAUUACUCUGAUGACCAUGGGAUGACCUUGUGGCUCCCAGUCAAUGAAGGCUGAUGGAGCUUCAUUAUUAGCUUCUCUCUUUCUUACUCUCAUUUAGUUUUCGUCAAUUACACCUUCAGUUUCUUUCUGAUUUAUUCUACUCUUAACUGCAUUCACAUGUUAUGUAUUCCAUUCAGCCAGGUUUAUCUUGUGCCUGAGCAUCUUUUUCUUUUCUUUUUUUUUACAUUAAUUUAUAAAGGUGGAUUUUUUUUUGUUAUUUUGUUGACCAUGUUUACGUGAUAUUUGAAGACCAACAUAAUUACAAAUAAGUGUAACACAUUUAAUGCAGAAUUGAUCAACAAGCCACAAUAUUCACUGUACUGUAGUUUGUAAACCCAAUAUUGCAUUUUAUGCAAUAUCACAUCAGCCUUACAGAGCAUGUUUAAAAGCUUUUCCUCCUCACAAAAUUACUUUAAUCCAGUAAUUUAAACCCAUAUAUAUAUAUAUAUAUAUAUAUAUAUAUAUAUAUAUAUAUAUAUAUAUAUAUAUAUAUAUAUAUAUAUAUACAUAUACUCUGCAUUCAUUAUUUUGUUUUUAUUCUUUUAACUAUUAUAUCUAUAUAAUUGCAUCAUUAUUUAUAGAAUUUUACAUAAUUUGUAUUUGGCGAACCUGUGAUCUUUUUCCAUAAGACUACUCUCAAUAAGGCUUUUGCUAGGAUUAUUUUUAAAGCAAAUUAAAUCAUAUCUAAGAGGAUUAAAGUCUCAGACCUUCAGAGGUGGCUCAAUAUAGAAACUACACUAGAUUAGUCAUAUCAAACAACUAUUUGGGUUUAUAAAAUCUUAAUAUAAUAAAAGUUAAAUGUGAUUGUAACUGUAAGAUUAUUGAUUUGACACUAAAUUAAAAUUAGCAAACUUAAUACAUAACCGACAAGAAAACUGACUAGAUUAAUGAUAAAAUAAUUGUUAAAUUGCACAUAAUGUCAAAAUUUCUCAUCAGGGUUACUGACCAUGACCUUAUAUGAUUAUGAUGAUUAUGAUAUAUACCGAUCAGGAAUGACAGGUGAAGCAAAUAACAGUAAUUAUCUUUGUUAGUGGGUGGGAUACUAUGCAGAAAGUGAACAUUUCGUCCUCAAAGUUGAUGUGUUGGAAGCAGGAAAAAUGGGCAAGUGUAAGGAUUUGAGUUUCACAAGGGCCAAAUUGUGAUGGCUAGACGACUGGGUCAGAGCAUCUUCAAAACUGCAGCUCUUGUGGGAUAUUCCUGGUUAGCAUUGGUCAGUAUCUAAUAAAAACGGUCCAAGGAAGGAACAGUGGUGACCCAGCGACAGGGUCAUGAGUGACCAUCAUUGAUGCACAUGUGGGGAGCGAAGGCUAGACAGUGUGGUCCGAUCCAUCAGACGAGCUCCUGUAGCUCACAAUGCUGACGAAGUUAAUGCUGUUAAUGCUCCAAAGGUCAGGACUGUUUUGGCAGCAAAAGGAGGACCAACACAAUAUUAGGCAGGUGGCUAUAAUGUUAUGCCUGUUUGGUAUAUUCUGCAAUUCCCAUAUAGCAACUUCCAUAGUGAUUUUUCGGAUGUUCAGCUGCAUUCCAGUGCCAGGAUUAAUGACGAGUAUUGCAUUAGCUAAAUAUAUUACCUCUCAAUAUAGUAUAGCAGCUACAGAUAGUAACAUGUCACCAGUGUAAAAAGCAUAAGCCAAAGGUCAUGAUCAGUGCCACAUUGGGGAAAUUGACAAUAUAUUAGGAAGGUUAUGAAUUGUAUGAGGAGGAGUCAUAAGUAAAACUUAGAGAUGAGUAUUAUGCUCAACAGUUGAUUCUGUUUAAUUAUAAAGGUGAUAUGCUGUGCUUAUGGACUCUUAAUGGCUCCCCAUACUACAUACAUCUUCAUAAAAAUACAACACAUAGUUUGCACUGAAACUCUUGAAUCACCAGAUCUUUGUCUUUUGUUAGACAGAGCAAAACAAUGUCAGGAAAAAGACACACAAAUGAAACCUCAUAGGUUUGGGUUUCUUUGUGACAAAGGACAGGGUGGUGGACAUAACAAAAUGAGCAAGAGUGUCCUAUCAGUAAGAGUUAAUUAUCAGAAUUCUGUGAUGUUAUUGAGAAAUGUCAGUAUGAGUAGAUGAACUGAUGAAAUAUUCCAUUUCGAUAUUUUGUUUUAUUGUAAACUUUUUUUUUUGCAAUUGUGUUACGUGGGGAAAAAGUCUUUUUGCAUAGUGUUUUUUUUUCUAAACAAUAUUUCUACAGCAUAAAAAAUUUAUGAAAACCAGAAUAUAUUGUAUAUGUGAAAAAUAUAAAAUAUAUGCUAGAGAGAAAUGCGGUGUUUCUAGAUUCUCAAAUAUUCUAGAAAUGAUAGUGAAUUUCUGUAGUACAUUUUAUAUUCUCUGUCUUAUGAAUUAUUGUAGUUAUGUCUGUUGUUUCUUUCUCAUUAUUUUUUGCCCCGCAUUCAGAAGUUGUUUUGGUGUUGUGUUUUGUUAGCAUUGUGUUUUGUAUUAUUGUAAAUAGACAGAUUUUAAAGACAAUAAACUUUGCUUCAGUCAAAAA